UCGGUUCAUUACAACAGCAUAUAUAUAGGGUUGCAGGAGGAGGAGGUAAGUCAUUGUUCUAUUGAUACGUCCGAGAUGUCCGCACAAGCUGUAUUUGGAUUAUUUAUCAUUUUUAUGUGGUCAGCAAAUACGACCACUGCCAGAAGCGUAAAAUGUCCUUCAUAUAUGCCUCCCAAUGCUGCUAUGGUUCAUCCAUCCGACAAUACGAAAUAUCUGAGAUGUGAUGUCACAGGAUAUUUGAGUGAGCAGAUGUGUCCUCCAGGAACGAUAUUCGAUGCGCUACGUUCGAUAUGCAUCAGAUCCGCUAAAGUUGACGUAAAGUUUACAACUCCGUGUCCACCUGCAACCACAACUAAAUGUCCCUGUCCUACUCCAACGCCAUGCCCACCGACGCCAACAGAUUUCCCAGUGACUCCGACACGCGAUCCAGUUACUCCGACACGUGAUCCAGUUACUCCGACCCGUGAUCCCGUUACUCCAACUCGUGAUCCAGUUACUCCAACUCGUGAUCCAAUUACUCCAACUCGUGAUCCAGUUACUCCGACUCCACCCAAUGGUACAACAACUCCAUGUGUCGGUUGUGAAUAUGGCCAACCAAAGACAACACUACCACCUUUUAUAAUAACCCCUGCACCUGAAGAUGAGUGUAAGCUUGGAAAAGUUGAUAUUCCACGGCCCAUUGUUACAACUCCACAUCCCGUGGAGUGUGAGUGAUCGUAACAUGAGAUAAAUGUUACACUACCAGGAAUGUAAUGAUUGACAAGUACUUUAGUAAUUCAGUUGACGAAUUAGGAAAUUAUACCAAAAUUAUAAAUAGCAAUUGUCGAAA